GCAGUGGCCCGUCUUCGCUCACGCUUUUCGUUUCAAUUUACGGAUUAAUAAAUAACAAAAUCCGGAAUUGAUUGAUAACGGCGCGUAUAUCAAAAUGAGGUGAUACGAUAUAGAUAAUGAAUAAUUCGGGAUACCAGCGGAAAUCCUUUACAUUGAAAAUCAGCCCAAGGCUUAUCGUCUCGCGAUGGGUAUUCGUGGGUUCACCCAAGCCAUACAACGAUAUGGGGUCUUCUCACCAUUAAGUGGUGAUACCGUCGUUAUUGACGGGCCAGCUCUCGUUCACCGCAUCUCUGACGCAGUUUGCCGCCAACGGCCAUCUACAAGCGGAUUUGUCUGUCAUCCCCCAUAUUCCCUCCUUAGCCGUAUGGUAAUAGGCUGGCUUGACGAAUUGAAGGGCCACAAUGUAAAUGUGAGAAAGAUAUAUUUUGAUGGAUACUUACCCCCAAGCAAGUGGGAAGUGAGACGAGAGCGACUCUUAGACCAAUCGCAGCGCAUGAAAGCAUUGGUGUCUUCCCAGCCAUUCGGGUCACCUAUAACACCAGAAAGCGCAUUUAAAGAUGUAAGAGCCGAUACAACCUUAACACGGCAAUUCCCUCGAUCUUCGUCUGGUGCAUCACCAAAACCCCCCUUCAUGGUCCCAGCGGUUCUUGAGGCUUUAAACGCCAGCGAAGAUUGGGGUCCGCUGAUCGUAGUUGUCCCCGGAGAAGCUGAUAUGUACUGUGCGCAAGAUAUUCGAGAGAAUGGUGGCACUUUGCUGACAAGCGACUCCGACUUACUCAUACAAAAUCUUGGGGUUGAGGGAUAUGUAUCAUUCAUUUGGGACGUUGUUCCAGUCGAUCCUACCUCGAAGGAAUCCGGUAUGGUAGCAAUGAAGAUCUCGCUUCAUGAUAUCAAUGACCGGCUAGGCUUAACAAAUCUUGGUGGCCUGCCUCGCGUUGCCUUUGAAAAGCAGAAGGGCUGGAUGAGCUUCGAGGCAGCUGUACAGAAAGCUCGAGACAGCCGUGAAGACACGCUACAUUCCCCAGAGUAUCAAGCUUUUAUAAACGAGCUUGAAGUAAAGGAAUAUAUGCCAAGCCACCAUCCAGUGCUUACUAUGCUCUCUGGCCUGGACCCAAGAAUAUCAGAAGUCGUCAUUCAGAUUUUACUUUUAGAGCAGAUGGAGGCAAAAUCUACGGAAUUAGAUGAGAAUACAUUGCGAGGUCCAGAGACACUUUCCAUAUUCCUUCCAAUCAUGGUUGAAAAUCAUGAUAAGAAGAGUGCUUGGACAAGUAGCACAAACGCUCGCCAAAUAGGGUACAGUAUUCUCCAGAACUUAACAUGUCAAAGAUAUAGCAAAAUUAUCGAGUAUCGCACCUUAGAUCCAUCGACGACAUUAACCGGGCGACAAAUUGAGAUUCCUAGCCUCGAAGAGACGGUCGAAAAUUGUACUCAACUUGUAACAGUACUGAACAAACUAGCAGAGGCCUUGCCAUCUUCGUUGCGGUGGUUGGCGUUUGCGGUAUAUCAGGAUAUUGAAUGGUCCACAUCAGAACAACGUUCCCCUCUAUCAGCUGAACUCAUCAGCAAAAUAAUGAGCGGGUCUAAAUUUCUCGAGGAAUACUCGUGGGACUUGAUACAUUUUACAGCCCAAGCCCAAGCCUGCUUAUACUCGCUAAGGAUAACUAAACAGAUCUUAGACGUCGUUGUCUCUAUGACUCCAGAUCUCCCAGCGCCAGCGCGUCAAUUACACGACCGUCUCACAUUACUUCCUCUUAUUGGAGAAUGGCCUACUAUUGAACAUAUGUCUGAUCUACUAUCUGACUUCGGUAACGCGGAGGGACUCCGAGUCAUCACAGACAUGCUUGGAAUACCGAGUAUUGAAAUAAUAGAGCCUCCAGAGGAUUCUACAGGGCCCAGAAAAAGACAUAAGCAAGAUUCCGAGUUAUUGGCGCGCAAAAGACGUCAAAGAGAUAUUAAAACAUCACCCUCUAUCAACCCCUACGCCAUCCUCAGCCAAGAGAGCGAUGACUAAUAGGAAGACGAAACAGCAAAUCUUCUAGUGGUGGUUAUGAAGUACAUAGUGUGCUGUGACAAGGGACGACCGGGUAAGAUGUUAAGAAAACGGAUUGGCUUUACGAAAAGAAGAUAUCGGCGAUAUAGCUCAAGGGUUGGUUUAUAUCUAAGAAUAUCCAUACCUUCUAUUGGCAGUACUAUACGCGAAGGAUCAUAGGUUGUUAGUGAGUAUGGGUCGCCUCGGACUGCCAAGACCCCCGAGGUCCUAUCGAAUACCACUUUUAUUCGGCUCUAACGAGUCACCUGAGUACGCGACUGGAUCGUGA